AUGGUGAUAGCAUCAGCUGGGUCACCAUUACAGACGCAAAUCUACGGUAAAGCUUUUGACAAACUCACGAAAUACAUCACAGGUGGUUACGAUGGAAUGGGUGAUUUUGUUGCAGAUAUACGGCUCUUGUGCGGUCUCAUUAUGGUUGUCGGAGUGGUGAGGAUGUUUUUCACCUGGCUAAGCAUUCAUUUGUGGCUUCUCAUUGGGGAAAGGCAACAGGAAAGAGCGAGAUCCAGACUCUUGUCCAACUUGUUAGAUCAGAAUCUCGAAUGGUACGAGCAAAAGGAGAACCUUAUGGGUAGCAUGGCUCAAGUGAACCGUUGCAUAGAGGAGGUUAGAGUUGCCUUGUCAGAGAAUAUUGCACUUUUGGUGCAAGGCUCUUCAUCCAUUGUGCUUCUCCUUGUAUCUGCCUUUAUUUCGUCUUGGUCGCUAACCUUGGUAAUCAUGGCUUCUGCUCCGCUCAUGGCCCUCUCGAGCAUUAUCUUUGGCAGAUUGACAUUUCGUUUUGCAAAUGAAGAAAAUAAUCUUAGUGCCAAAGCUUCAAAGAUUUUGGACUGGUCCUUCGUAUCUGGUAACCUUGUCCGUUUACUCAAUGGCAAGUAUCGAGACCUGGUGAGUUUCAACCAGAUUGUCGAUAAGUCUGCUAAAGCUUUCAUAAAGAUGUCUCUUUCAAUCGGCUCCAACCAACUGAUUUUGAGGGUGUUAUCUUUCCUCAUCUUCGUUCAAGGCUUCUGGUUUGGUGCCUACAUGGUUUCGAUCGGCAAGCUCAGAGUGGGUCAGGUUUUGACAGCUUUCAGUUCAUGUCUCAUAUUGGGAACACAUGUGUCGACUGUGGCAAAUGUGUUGGCUUUACUCAAUAAAGGUCAAGCUGCGGCAUCCACAAUCGCCGAAUUCAUGGAAUUUGAAGAAGACGAGAACAAAAGUAUCCAAGAUCCCGAGGUGAUCUUCGAUCCGAUACUUUCGGGCAAACUUUUACAACUUGAAGGCGUUUGCUUUAACUAUGGGGCCUCUGAAAAACCAAACAUCAGCAACGUAUCAGCUGAAAUCUCCAAUGAACAUUUUACAUUCAUUGUGGGUCCCUCAGGUUGCGGCAAGUCUACACUCGUCUCACUUUUAAUGAAGUUCUACAGUCCUUCAUCAGGAAGAAUAUCAAUUGACGGAUUGGACAUCUCCCUGUUGAGUGAAACCCAGGUUUCAAGCUUCAUCACCUUGGUCGAGCUGAACGCACUUGUGUUCGAUAAGCUGGUGUAUGAGAAUAUUGCACUCGGAAGCAGAGAAAUACUGGAGGAAAAAGCCAUGGGGGCCUGUGACUUUGCCGAGCUUGGAACUUUUGUCAGAUCUUUGGAAAAUGGGAUUCAUCUGAAAAUAUCAUCUUCCCUUUCUGGUGGUCAGAUGCAAAGAAUUGGAAUUGCUAGAGCUUACUUGAAAAAUAGUCCAAUUCUUAUAUUGGAUGAGGCCUUGAGUGCUGUUGAUCAGAUUACGAGACAAAAGUUAUACGAGAACAUCAGAAAAUGGAGAAAGGAUCGGUUGACAAUAAUUGUGUCUCAUGAGUUGCUGGAUAUAGCAGAUGGGGACUACGUGCUUAGUCUCAUGAACGGUGAGGUGGAGAAAUAUAAGCAACAAAAAGGAGAUACUUUUGGAAAGCAGAAGACUGGCUCUCUUGAGAAGUUCAGCUCUUUGGAGGAUAGUGAGUCGAUCUUCACCGAUGGGCUUAACUAUGGGCCCAACAAAGCCAAGGACUUGGAGCACGGCUCAAACAGUGAUGAGCUUCAGAUCCUCAGUGUGUUUGCAGUUUUGAAGCAUUGUUACCAUUCCAUUCAAAGCAAGCUUCUUAUAAUGAUUGGGUUACUUUUGUCGUUGUUGAGUGGAAUCAUCACACCAGUCUUAUCAUUCUGCUUCUCAAAAUUGCUUUCGAAUGUUGUGGACCAAUCUACCAAGCUUACUUCGAAGGAAAAAGGAGCAUUCUUUUGGUCGUCAAUAGUAAUUGGGCUUAUUGUGUUUGACGGCGCCAUUUACUUCACUUCACAUUUCUUGUUGGCCUUCUCGUCAGAAAGAUGGGUUGUGGACCUCAGAAAGAAGGCAUUGGUUAUCAUCAACGACCAAGAUAUGUCAUUUUUCUCGAGGAAGUAUCUGAAGCCAGCAGAAUUGACUGCAUUAUUGAUGAACGAUGCAAGAGACUUGCGCAACUUGGUUUCCGAAUUCUUAUCUGCUGUGCUCUCUCUUAUCGCCUUGACACUUUUGGGUUUGAUUUGGUCAAUUGUCUCGGGCUGGAAAUUGGCUCUAGUCGGGACAGCAUUUGUUCCGCUAAUUUUGUUGGUGACGGUUUCAUAUGGCUUGUUCUUGCUGAAGUUCGAGACGAGGUACAAGGACAAAGUGGGGGAAGUCGAGAAGUUCAACCAUAAUGCUGUUCUGGGAGUCAAGACUGUGAAAGCAUUCGGAGUCGAGAAUGACUUCCAAGCUGGCUUGAAAACGAAGUUGAGUGAGCUUUCUUCUGUGGCCAAGCUUCGUGCUUGUAUUACUGGUCUUGGAUUUGCUCUCCUGGAGAUGUGUGUCAGUAUUGCAACAGGUGCUAUUCUUUACUACGGCUUAUAUCUCGUCGCCAGCAUGGAAUACUCGUAUGAGUCUAUGCUUCAGGUGUUGACGCUUCUCACAUUCACCAUGGCAUCUGCUUCAACCUUAAUGAGUUCACUUCCUGAAAUUGCAAGAGGACAAAGAGCUGGAACCUUGUUCGCUCAACUUCUUUCGCUUACAGCUUCGCCAAUCGAGACCUCUGGUACGGACCAAAUUCAUAAGCACAUCCAAAGCGAAAACGUCAUGAGUUUUGAGAACGUCAGCUUCAGAUAUCAAGAGUCUGACUCGGUGCAAAAGAAGGUACUUCAAGACUUGAGCUUCAGUAUCAAGAGAGGUGAGGUUGUGGGCAUUGUUGGUGCUUCGGGAAGUGGGAAAUCAACCAUUGCACUGCUUAUGGGCCGUCUCAUGGAUUGUGAUAGAGGCCUCGUGAAAUAUGAAUCGAAACCGGUGAAAACGUUAGACCCAUUAUGCUACAGAAGGAAUGUUGCCGUUGUACCACAGCGACCAAAGUUUUUUGAAGGUUCCAUUUGGGAGAACUUAUUGUACGGUGUGGAUAAGGCCUUUAUCGACAAGGCUUUUGUGGUCGAAUGCCUCAAGCUAUGUAACAUUUGGGAUUUGGUAUCUUCGAUGCAACACGGAUUGGAUACUGUUCUCGACGAGAGAACUGUGUCGUCUGGCCAACUUCAGAGAUUGUGUAUUGCAAGAGUUCUUAUUCGUGAACCCAAGAUGAUUGUGUUUGACGAAUGUACGUCUAAUCUAGACCAAGCAAAUGCCGACAUUAUUACCGAUCUCAUCAUAUCCAAGCUUCAUCAAUCAAAUCCUGCCUUGGCAAUUGUGGUCAUAACUCAUGACGUUGAAAUGAUGUCGCAUCUUCCCAGACUUCUCGUGCUUAAAGAUGGCGAAGUGAAUCAGGAUGGUGACUUUGAGACACUCAGUUCUCAAAUGGGCGAGUUUAAGAGACUCACUACAUAG